AUGGUGAGAUCGUUCGUCUCUGCGUUGACGAUGAAGAUGACAACAAUCCAGAACGUAGCCAUGUCGCGCGGAUCAGGAUCUGUCUCAGAUUACGAUUCUAUUAUGGAGCUCGCCUCAUAUGAUGUGGUGGUUUGCCGGCCUUCUGGUCAAUGA